CAGUCGCCGCCCAGCUGGUGAGGAGGUGGGACGCAGGAAGCAAUCCUGCCUCGUUCCCGGGUCCGAGGCGGGCGCGGUGGCCCUUCGGGCCCCGCCCCCGCCCCGCCCCGCCCACCGGCAGCCGGGCCACGGCCCCAGCGGAGGUCCCGCCGACGCCUGCGCAAUGUAUCCUUACUGCCACCACUGCCUACGGUCCCGACUCCGGUGAUGGCGGAUGGCUCCGCCGCCGGCGCUGACGGCAGCACAUGCUUGAGGGAGCUGCGGCCACGGAUGGUUGCUGCAGCACACCAGAUUGCAGAAAGGCAGAAACAAGUUGUGGUUAAUAGCAUUUCAUCCCGUACUCCAAGUAUAAGAGCAACAUUUAAACCAGUAAUCGAUGGAUCUGUACUUAAAAAUGACGAAAAACAAAGAUUAGCAAGAGAGAGGCGGGAGGAGAAGAAAAGACAGCAAAAUGCCGAUAAGGAGACACAACUACUUGAAAAAGAAAGAAAGACCAACCUCCGACACAAGCAACAGUUAGAGGAAAAAGAGAGAAAGCUCAGGGAGCGAAAAGAGAAAGAUGAACGAAGGAGAAUAGCUGUGGAAGAAAAAAGACACCAGAAGGAUGAGGCGUUAAAGGAGAAAUUUACAGCCAUUCUUCACCAAACAUUGGAAAGGAGGAGACUUGCUAAAGAAUAUCAGCAAAAAAGAUGGUCAUUGGGAAGCUCUGCCAUGGCGAAUUCUGAGAACAAAACUGGCGUCCCCAAGUAUGUAAUGCAGUAUGUCACUAUAUCACUGCCUAAAUGUACUAGUGAUGAAUUGAGAGCUUUUAUGCUUCGUAUAUCGGCAGCGAAAAUACCUCCUCAAACUAAAGUAGAAGAAGUUCCCUCAGAAGAAGUAGAGACACCUCCCAAGAGUAUGGAUGCACCCUCCCCAGUGGAUGUGGAAAUAAUUUCCAACAGAAAUAUAGAGAUAAUCCCCAAGCGUAACUUUUACACAGACAUAAUCUCUGAGGAGAGCACAGACUUAUCUUCUCUGGCGAGUCUGGACAUGUCAUCUGUCAUGAGCACAACUGAAUCUGAGAUGAGCAUGGACACAUCCUCCGAGUUGAGCAUAGAAGCAUCCUCGAAGGUGCACCUGGAAACAUUUCCCAAGAAAUCAAAAACAGACCAACAGGCCUUAGACCCUGUUGCCAAGAAACAUCUGUCAUACGGUGAAUGUUAUACACGGUCGUUUUCUCCUGCGAAUGUUUGUACUCUGCCAUCUCCUGUCAGUUCUAAGAGUCAAAUCCAAAAGAACCAGCUUUCAUCACCUCUGCUGAAACAGUCAGAACAAUCAGCAGACCCUUCCCUUUUCUGUAAAAUGCCUCUUCAAUGUGCCCAAUCUGUGCAAAGCGAAUCAAGCGCUGAUAAAAAUAAGAAAGAGUCACAGUCUGGUAAUAAGAACACUGCAGGGUUUACGAAUGACAGGGAGACAAAAAAAAUUUUUGCCAAAUUACGUCGCAUUGCUCAUCGAAUAAGAUCAAGACAGGAAGAAGAAAAACGACAGGAAGAGAUGAAGCAAAGGGAUCUUUGUGACACCUGUAUCUCAUCAGACCGGGUCAUUAAGAAAUCAAAUGACGUGGAAAAGAAAGAAGCUGAGUUAUUGGAAGCAGAAGAGUUAUUGAAACCUGAAGAUGGGCAACAGCAAAAGGAGACUGAAGAGAAGAAGGGAUGGCCAGAUCAGGAAGACCAGGAAGCACCACUUCAGGAAGGGGAUACCAAAAUAGAAGCUCAAGGGGAAGCCGACAAACACAAGAAAGAACACGACAGAAUUAUUUCACAAAAUUUAAAAGGACGCCUACAAAGAAAAAAGAGAAUAGAAGAAGUUACAAAGCGGAGGAGAAAAACAGAUGUGAAUGCCUCAAAGGUCACAGAAACACCCUGCCAUGACACAUAUGAGGGGGCCUUGGCUACCAGUGAAGAAAGUGACACGGACUCAUUGAAUGAAAUGUUUCCAUCAGGCAAAGAUCCAUCUUCCAGAUUGAAAAUGUCAAUUAAGAAUAUCAAGAAGAUGCCGCCCAAGCUUGUAUUUCUACGAGACAGUAACAGCCAGGUCUAUAAAGAGCCAAAGACAUAUUUUAAUAGUGAUUUUAAAACCUUCAGACCAAAAAGCGCGAAAGGCACUUCAACACAGGCAGUCAUUUCAAGACCAUCUACCAAAGGAAUGACCAGUCGUACAACAAAAACCAGAAAGGCAGAUGAAACCAAUACCACCAACAGAUGCUCUCCACAAACAAAAUCUGGAUUCCAUGACAUCUUGCCAAAGCCUCCAGACACCUGGAGACGAUAAGAGAAGCAGCAAACCUGUUUAUCCAAUUCAGAUAUGUAAACUUUUCUCAGCCUGGGAGGUAAAUACAUCGUCCACUUGGAUAACUCAACUCCUGGGCCAUCAGUCCUCAAAUUUUUUGCUUCUGACUUGAACCUGGCAAAGGAUGUGACACCGAAAAGUUAAGGAAGCUUCAGAAGGUCACCUUGAUGUAUGUCUUAGAAGAUGCACAAAUCAUCUUGUUCUCUUGUUUCUAAGCAAGAGUUCUGAGUAAAGUGUUGUUUCUGUUUUGUUUGGAAAA